ACGGUAGUAAAAAUUUGAAAAACUAAUAAAAUUUUUAAGAUAAUGAAAAUACCAAAUCUUUAAGUUAGUGGUACGUUGUUUGGGGCUAAAGAGGAAGCAGGAAUAUCUAAUUAUAAUUAUAUUCAAUUUGCAUAAGUGUAAUUAUACACAUGUAUAACCUCUAAUUUAAUGGCAUUAUUAUUUUCAUAAUCCAUUACAUUUUUUCAGGGGUUUUUUAAACAGUCAUCAAUUUCAGAGCAACGUUUAUAUUGUGCUAUAGCCUCGUUCCAAUAUGUGGAGCUGCCUCUGUACCCGCAUAUGAAAGUAAUGAUGUAACUGGAAAUUACAGAAUAAGCGCGUGCUCGAAAUACUCAUGAGAAAUUAAAAAGAAUUCAUGGAAGUCGUCAUCGUGAAUCUAACCGUGAGUAGAAGAAUGAAUUGGAGAGUAUUAUCGCAAAUUGUAAAGUCCCUAUUCCGACGUAAAACACGCCUCAGUCUUUGUGAGUGGGGAGAACGCCGAUUUAAAUAGACAGGAAUCUCUCAUGGUACAAGCACAACAAGUUGAACCGGUGAUACGAGUGGAUCCGAUAUAAUCCAUAGUACAUUUUCCUGUCCUUGAAUAUCAUCAAGUGUAAAAAGAAAGAAAAAAAAGAAAAAACUAAUUACACAAUCAAUCAUGAUGAGGUAUCUCUUUGUUCUGGCAAUGAUUGUUUUUCUGGGAGAGGCCCAGAGAUCUCCAUACGCUGGUACUCCUGAUCGCUAUCCCGUUGUACUGCCACAAUAUAUUAAAGAGCGUCAAGAUGCUGCCGUCGCUUCUGGUAUAUCUUUGGGCAGUCGUCUUGGCAACAAUGCAUCUACGAGCACGACGUCGACGACGACGACUGUUCCACCAAAUCUACCAGUGGAUGCUCGUGGGGAUGUGGAUCUAGUAAACAGGAUCAAAACGUGGCCCAGGGAAAAGCAACCUUUUUGGUAUUUGAACUGGCAACAGAUACAAGAGCAUCGAGGUGGAAAUCCUGCGGAUAAAGUGCAGACUCAAGUGAAUUCACGAUCGUUCUUUGCUGCUAAUAGAAGUCUCUAAAAUCAAAUAUCGUCUGGCAUGAAGUAUUUUUGCGAGAAAAAGAAUGAGACUCGUUAAACCGUCGCUGCUCGGAUUGAAAAUCGCUUCAAGGCGAAUGCCACUGUGUAUUGAGAAUAAUACUAUUCUGCAGACGUGGCAUUUUAAUACAGUUAUCGUAGCGGCGUUUCUAGUUUUUCUUUUUCACCUGAAACAAGCAAUAUUUGGUGACACGCCGUUGACCUUUCUUAUGUGACAGCAUGCGUGCCGAUACCGUUAUGCAUUAAUUUUCGAAAGAUUAUGUUUAAUUAGUAUAACGACUCUUCUUAAUCAUUUGAUCAUAUAUUAUUGAGACUAAUUAAUUCAGUAUUAUCAAUGAUUGAAAACGUAAACAAACUGGACAUCUUAUGGUAUAUGAUGUCACGAGAUCCUGGGGGGUCACGGACACCUAGAAAUGUACUUUACCCAUUGAAAAGCUAUAUAUAGAUAUGUUACAUAUUUGAAUCUCAAGGCACGGAAUACACUGGAAUGUCUAGUCUUUAUUCAAUCGAACAUUAUAGUAUUAUUACUUGGAUAAUGAAUUGUAAUUUAUCCAAAGAGAAUUCUACCUGUCGACAGUCAAUAAAUAAAUCUCAGUCGGUAUCA